AUGUACGAUGGACAUGACUACAAAAACAUGACAGUCCAGAACAUCUGGGUUAAUUUUGAAGCCAAAUUUGAUCCCCUGGACAAAGCCAAAGAGACAUGGCAUGUUAUGAAAGCACUGUUCAACUCCACAAUUUACACGUUGAUAGAGGACAACGUUCUCUACGCAGAGUUCAGAACUGGUUUUGGGGAUUUCGUCGACAAAAAUGGGACAGUGAUUCCUUAUGAAGAUGCGCUGAAUUUCUACGCCGAAAGAAUAGCAGAGGUCCGCAAAGAACAUCCCAGCUUCUUCGGACUGAACUUAAUUCUGAACAAGUACCGGGUAGGCUUGACAGACGCAAAACUGCUGCAAAAACUGAACUUGGCCAGCAAGUACUACAACACAUCUAAACUGGUGCGGGGAUUUGACCUGGUCGGGUACGAGGAAAUAGGCAGGACUCUGGCCUCUUUAAAGGAUGUGUUUCUCAAGUGGAGGAGCGACAGUGGAAGUGACAUGCCGUUUGUGUUCCACGCAGGAGAGACUCUCUGGAGUGGGUUUCCAGUGGAUGAAAAUGUGAUUGACGCUGUUCUUCUGGGUACCAAAAGAAUCGGCCAUGGCUAUGCGCUUGACGUCCAUCCGAGCGUCAUCUGGAGGCUGAGGCGCUUUGGAGUUGGAGUGGAGUUGAACCCUAUAUCGAACCAGGUCUUAGGUCUGGUGGAUGACAUCCGCAACCACAGGAACAAACAACUCAUGGACAUUGCCUACUUUAAUCGCCCGCCUUUACAAUUCUCUGUCAAUUCGGACGACUGUCUCAUUUUCGGCACUAAGGCCAUCACCGAUGACUUGUACGUCACAAUACUCGCCAUGACAGACAAAGAGAGUGACCUAAGCGUGAUCAAACAAGUGUCAUACGACUCCAUCGCCACGUCUCUGCUGGACCAAUCAGAGAAGAGCGAACUGAAGAAACUGUUCGAGUCCGAGUGGAACCGAGUGGUGAAGGAAAUGUUAAACGACACGGGAUCGGAUUAUUCGGACACGGAGACGGAGACGGUCUGAGC